AUGUUCGAAUUGCUCUGUUUUAAAGCUGCUUGGAUGAUGAACGUUCUGCAUAUUGGUCUUGAAUUUCCUGAGGACUACUCCAAGCUUCGUCCAAUAAAUGAUUUGAAUGGCGCUGAGGUGCAGUGGAGCCUGGGCGCCUUACUUCACCUUCUUCGUUUCUAUCCUCUUAAAUUUUUAGCUUCAGCUGAUUCUACAUCUGCCUGGCCAUUCUCCUUGAUUAUGCUGGUAACCUUUGGAUUCCUACUUUUCAUUAUCAUUGGAAUUGCAAUCUCUGCUGCCCUCAGACGUCGUCGCCGGCUCCUUUUGCCUCUUCGUGGCUUAAUUGGACGGACCUCUUCACAAGCUGGUGCACUCGGUGAUCCGUAUUUCUUGCCCGCGACAACUACAUUGCAUACGAAUGCAAAUGUUCUUUCCGCAUCAACUUCAUCGACUUCUCGUAGACCUAUGAUUCGCAUCCGAAACUGGCGCUGGAUAUUUGGCAAUGGCAGAAAACCGCUUGAUUUAGAGAGGGGUUUAAGGGCAACAGGAUGUCUAGAGGGCGGUACAUCAAAAUGUGUUGAAGAUACUGGCAUGACGCUCAUGGCAAGUCAACCCAUCUGGGGGGACCACGAUAGGCAUCAGAUGCUUGUUACUAAUGGAGAGAUUGAGGCACCCAUUUCUGCUUCUUCCGGUCCUUUAGCUACUGUUGUCUCAGACACUACUUCGAAUAUCGCGAUCCGUCGAUGGUUGCCUUCCUUGGAUAUCGACAAAGGUGACGAGGCCAAUGCAUUGCUCCUUACACUACCAGAUAGAUUUUUGGGAUCCUCUGAUGUCCCUCACGAUCGAGAGGUAGUUGACCGUGUUAGUGACUACUCACCCGCAAGUAUCCGCAGAUAG